AUGAAGCGCUUCGGUGACCAACAGGUCGAGGACCCUGCCCCCGAGGCCGCUCCCCCGAUCAACCCCGUCUCCGCCACCGAGCCGGCGCCGCUGGUGACUCUGGGUGUCAACGAGCCCAUUCCCGCCGCCGCGCUCAGGCCGGCCUGGGCGGGUGCCGUGCUGCCCGCCAAGACGCUGAGCCUUGCGAAGCUUAACGAGAUGGCGGAGAAGCGGGGGAAUCUUGGCGGCAGGCCCAUAUCCGAUCCGACGGAGGUGUUCACCAGCACGCACAUCAUGAGCCUUGGGGAGGUGCUGAAGCUGGGCAUCGGCGGCAAGGCCAAGGCCGAGGCGAUGGCCGGCGGCGCGAGCGAGGGGGAGGCGGAGGCGGCUGCCGCGGCCGCCUUGGCGGAAUUCGCGCCGUUGAUUGGCGCCACGAGCGCGCCGUUCAUGUUCCAGGUGCCGCGUCACCUCAACGUGUUGCCGGAGGAGGGGGGGGCGCUGGGCCAGCGCGUGGUGUACUACGGCGUGGAGGGCGGCGGCGCGCACGGCCUAAGGGACCUGAAGCGCGUGCUGCUGGACCUGGUGGGCCGCGGGUGCAUGAUGGACAAGAACACCGUGCAUACGGCGCUGGAGUACCCCGGAGGCACGCCGGAGCAGGUGAUGUCGGGCGAAGGCAAGCAGCAGGGCGUGACCCACGGCGGGCGCAUCGCCCUGGCCUGGAACGCGGGCCUGGACGCCGCCCUGGCGGCCUUGGACGCGGGGGAGGACGUCGGAGACGGCGCCCUCGACUCCCUGCACGUGGCGUGGUACGACCAGCCCGCGGGCUACGACCGGCCCACGCGGGACGACUCCAACUACUGGGCGUCGCUGUCGGUGUUCGACCCCGAGACCGUGGAGUGGGGCUCCGGCGAGGCCCCAGACGCGGCCACGCGGCGAGCAUGGGUGGAGAACGCGGAGAUCUGGUCGGCGCUGGACAUCCUCACCGUGCCGUUUGCGUACGAACAUCCCAACCCCGCUUACCAGGACUACAAGCGCAACCCCGUGGAGGUCAAGAAGGCGGCCGACCUGGGCCCGUUCCUCAACCUGGUGCUGACGGCGGCGAACGGCACGCUGGGUGAGGCUGCAAGGAAGGCGGACGAGGGCCUGCGGUGGUACGCCGUGUACUGCGAGGAGGGCGUGGUGAACGUCAAGAACGCGGGGCUCAGCGUCUUGCUGAGCCAGGCCAGCGUGGACGCGGGCAAGAUCUCGGCGGAGGCCUUUGAGGCGUACAAGGGCAUGGUGGCGGCCUUCCAGGGUGCGGAUGGCUGGGAGCAGGACCCGGCCGUCGGGUGGGCGAAGCUGGUGGACGAGGGAUUCAUCACCGCGCAGCAACUGAGGGACCUGGAGCACACCGGGCACAUCCACCAGAGGCUGCGGCUGAUGGACGAGGGCCUGAAGCCGUGGACGGACUACGCGCCCGUGGGGGUUGAGACGGACCAGGCUGCAGACGGUUGCGGGUUCUACACGCGGGCUGUGACCGUGGCGAUCCUCACCGCCAACUUCGUGGCCAACAACUACCCGCGGGAGGAGCUGGUGAAGGGGUUUGUGAGACAGAUCGAGGGCGUGAUGGCGAUGCCGGAGGGCGAGGCCGCGAGGGCGGUGCUGGCGGGGCUAAUGGCGAGCAAGGGGCUGGGUGAGGGGGACGCCGCGGGGCUGGCCAGGCAGAUGGCGGCCGACUUCCAGGGGGCAUUCGUGGACCUGCAGAUGCCCUACUUGCACAAGGUUCUGCGAGUUAAAGACAUGGAGGGCCCAGAGGACAAGGCCAGGAUCGAAGCCCACUUCAAGGAGUUCCGGGAUUUGGUGGUCGACCCCAGCCUGGAGAGGGAUGAACUGGUCGUCAAGAUCAAAGAGGUCGAAGAAAGAUUCAGGGACGUCACCUAUACACUCGAUGGGAUGGAGGUGCGGGGCAUGCAGUGGCACUCUCCGCUGCAGGGCGUGGAGGGCCCCAAGGGUGGACCCUUCAUGCCCCAGUUCGUGGGCCACAGGCACCUGGCCUUCCUGGUGGGAAGAGCCUACAAGGGCGAGUAG